AUGUGUCCCGAAGUAGCGGCCGGCCGUUGGUGCCCUCUCGUUAUCGCUCUCCACCUUGGUCUACCCCGUAACAAAGUGAUCGACGCACAUUACAUGUGCUAUCAUCAUAUUCCGAAUGAAGAAGUCUUCUUCGUGGACGAGAUCGCAAUUUCUCUGGCGGUUCCAAGUCAUGGUGCUUGUCCCCAUGUGAUCACCGGCCGUUGGUGUCCUUUGGUCAUCGCGACACAAAUCGGCCUGCCGUUCAAUGAUGUGCUUCAUGAGCAUUUCAUGACUUACCAUAGUUUUCUGGACGUCUCGGCCCUCACGGCCGCGCUCGAUGUGCCGAUUCUCGAUGGGGACCUGUGCUCCCAAGGAGUGACCGGCCGGUGUUGUCCAUUGAACAUAGCUCUGCAACUCGGCCUCCCCAACAACGAACUGCUAUGCGAGCACUUCAUUCGAUGCCACUAUGUUCCGCCUGAACAGGUUUUCUCCACCAACGUCGCCCUUCCUCCGACCAUCCCACACCGGGAAAAUGCUUCUUUGGGGUCUCCGGCCAAUCAUUCAUACACUCAUACUGACGCCGAGCAGCAGCAUCCGGCUGAUCCAAAUGCUUUUUUUCGGAUGGACCAAUCGGGCUCCAAUGGAGCUGAAGGCGGCCAGCCGCCCCAGCUCGCAGAUGUCAAUAUUUCCCCCAGAAUCCAACAAUUGGAAUCAGAAGAAAUGAUGACGACAGCGCCUCAGGCGACCCCGACGGCUGACGAUCCCCUGUCAUUUCUCGACCGGGUUUCUGGUAUCUGCCGGUUCAAAGGUUGCGGCAGAGGCUUUGAUCCCCGCCGCCAGGACAACCUCACUAGACAUGGACGGAAACACCUAGCGGAAAACCUACGGCCACCUAAAAUUCCUUGCCCACAUGAAAACUGCGACAAAGAGUUUGUCAACAAACAAGGCAUGUCGAGACAUUGUGAUGAAGUUCAUGGAAGCCUUUCCACACCCAAUCCCGACGAACCCGAAGCACAAUCGAGGAGCGCCAGGACCAAUCGUGUGGCAGUGGUUGGUCCAAGGGUUCUGUGUCCGGUAGCUGGGUGCAGGAAGGACUACCAGUCAAAAAACGCAUACUAUUACCGGCACAUUGAAGAAAGCCAUCCCGAAUAUGUUCUACCUGAAGAUUAA